AUGGCUCAAGAUAAACACGUUUACUUCUUUGGCGGCGAUCAAACCGACGGCAGCGCGGAGAUGAGAAGCCUGCUCGGUGGUAAGGGUGCCAACCUCGCCGAAAUGACCAGUUUAGGUAUUCCGGUGCCGCCCGGCUUCACGAUAUCGACGGAGGUUGGUAAGCUAUACCAUGAAAACAAUAACCAGUAUCCCGAUGGACUAGACGAACAGAUUGAUGAAAAUUUGAGAAAGCUAGAAGCGGCGAUGGAUGCGAGGUUCGAUGACACCGAAAAUCCGCUGCUCGUUUCUGUAAGAUCUGGAGCGGCGGUUUCGAUGCCCGGUAUGAUGGACACCAUCCUCAAUCUCGGCUUGAACGACGAUGCGGUCAAGGGGCUGACUGCAAAAUCUGGGAAUGAACGUUUCGCCUACGACGCCUAUCGCCGAUUUGUGCAGAUGUUCGGGGAUGUCGUGCUUGGUGUCGAACACGAGGCGUUUGAGCAUCUCUUGGAAGCGAAGAAAGCAGCCAAAGGCGUCACGCUUGAUACGGACUUAGAUGCGAACGAUCUGGCAGAGUUGGUUUCUGAGUUCAAGGCACUCGUCAAAGAGCAAACGGGAGCAGAUUUCCCCGAUGAACCGCGUCGGCAACUCGACAUGGCGCGUGACGCGGUCUUUGAAUCGUCAAACAAUGAACGGGCGACCAUCUACCGUCGAUUGAACAACAUCUCUGAAGAACUCGGACGGACGGCGGUCAACGUCCAAGCGAUGGUUUUUGGGAAUAUGGGCGAAACGUCGGGGACCGGAGUCGCGUUCACACGGGAUCCGUCAACCGGCGAGAACUCUUUUUACGGCGAAUUUCUGAUGAAUGCCCAAGGCGAAGAUGUUGUGGCAGGGAUUCGCACGCCACUCCCCAUCGAUGAACUUCAGGGGGUCAUGCCGGCAGCCUAUGAGCAGUUGACGGGGAUUGGGGACACCCUAGAGGCGCAUUACCGCGAUAUGCAGGAUGUCGAGUUCACGAUUCAGGACAGGCAUCUUUAUAUGCUCCAAACCCGUAGCGGCAAACGGACCGCAACCGCUCUGACCCGCAUCCCACCGGAUGAUCUGGAGCAACUCCUCCACCCGAUGAUCGAUCCUGCGGUAGCGGUGGAAUCGAUUGCAAAGGGGCUGCCUGCCUCACCCGGUGCUGCUGUGGGUAAAGUGGUCUUCACAGCGGAUCGUGCCGAAGAACUCGCGGCUGAUGGUGAAAAGGUGAUUCUGGUCCGCACUGAAACAUCUCCAGAGGAUAUCGGCGGAAUGCACGCCGCAGAAGGCAUUUUAACGGCGCGUGGCGGGAUGACCUCACACGCUGCGGUUGUCGCGAGGGGUAUGGGAAAAUGCUGUGUCGCGGGGUGCAGUGAUAUCAUCGUCAAUGAAGCAUCGAAGGAGUUUCAGGCUGGCGGACUUCGGCUGACAGAGGGAGACUACAUCACGCUUAAUGGGUCAACUGGCGAGGUGAUUGAGGGAGCUGUUCAGUUGAUUGACCCUGAACUGAGUGGUGACUUUGGCACGCUCAUGGAGUGGGCGGAUGAGUUCCGUAAACUUGGGGUCCGCACAAACGCAGAUACCCCAAGCGACUCAAGGACCGCGAGAGAGUUCGGCGCGGAGGGGAUCGGUCUCUGCCGUACCGAGCACAUGUUCUUUGAAGGCGAGCGGAUCGAUGCCGUCCGCGAAAUGAUUCUCGCAAAGGAUGAGGUAGGACGCAAGGCAGCGCUCGACAAACUACUUCCGUACCAACGUGAGGAUUUUAUCGGUAUCUUUGAGGCGAUGGACGGCUAUCCUGUCACAAUUCGGACACUCGAUCCACCGCUCCAUGAGUUCCUGCCCCAUACCGAUGAGGAUGUCCAGGAGCUUGCGGAUAAAAUCGGUGUCCCCGCUGAAACGUUGUACCAGCAAAGGGAAGCAUUGCACGAAUUUAACCCGAUGCUGGGCCAUCGUGGAUGUCGUCUCGGUAUCGUCUAUCCGGAAAUCACGGAGAUGCAGGCACGAGCAAUCUUUGAGGCGGCUGUCGAGGUCACCAAACGCGGCGUUAAGGCGAUCCCUGAGAUUAUGAUCCCCCUAGUUGGGCAUGUGCAGGAGCUAGCACUGCAGCGUGAGGUGGUCGUCGAUACCGCAAAGAAGGUGUUUGAGGAGACAGGCACUGAGGUCGAAUACCUUGUCGGGACGAUGAUCGAAUUACCGAGAGCCGCGCUCACCGCGGAUGAAAUCGCGCAGGAGGCGGAUUUUUUCUCCUUCGGGACGAACGAUCUCACACAGACAACCUUCGGGAUGAGCCGCGACGAUGCUGGCAAGUUCCUCGGCGAUUAUGUGGAUGGCGGUAUCCUUGAACAUGACCCGUUCCAGGUGCUGGAUCAGCGUGGCGUUGGUCAGUUGGUACAGAUCGGCACGAACAGAGGGCGCGAAACUCGACCAGAUCUCAAAGUCGGUAUCUGCGGCGAACACGGCGGUGAGCCGAGUUCUGUUAUCUUCUGCCACGAUUCA